ACGAGGCAGGGGCGGAGCGGGAACUGGGGGCGGGGCGAACGCGGGCUGGGAUUUGGGCCGCGGCGGGAGCCCUAGUCGCCGCCACUCGAGUGCGCAGGCGCCUGGCGGUUACCGGUCUCGCCAUGGAGCGGAAAGUGCUUGCGCUCCAGGCCCGAAAGAAAAGGACCAAGGCCAAGAAGGACAAAGCCCAAAGGAAAUCUGAAGCUCAGCACCGAGGCUCAGCUCCCCACUCUGAGAGUGAUCUCCCAGAGCAAGAAGAGGAGAUUCUGGGAUCUGAUGAUGAUGAGCAGGAAGAUCCCAAUGAUUAUUGUAAAGGAGGUUAUCAUCUUGUGAAAAUUGGAGAUUUAUUCAAUGGGAGAUAUCAUGUGAUCCGAAAGUUGGGCUGGGGACACUUUUCAACAGUGUGGUUAUCAUGGGAUAUUCAGGGGAAGAAAUUUGUGGCAAUGAAAGUAGUUAAAAGUGCUGAACAUUAUACUGAAACUGCACUUGAUGAAAUCCGGUUGCUGAAAUCAGUUCGCAAUUCAGACCCUAAUGAUCCAAAUAGAGAAAUGGUUGUUCAACUGCUCGAUGACUUUAAAAUAUCAGGAGUUAAUGGAACACAUAUCUGCAUGGUAUUUGAAGUUUUGGGGCAUCAUCUGCUCAAGUGGAUCAUCAAAUCCAACUAUCAGGGGCUUCCACUGCCUUGUGUCAAAAAAAUUAUUCAGCAAGUGUUACAGGGCCUGGAUUAUUUACACACCAAGUGCCGUAUCAUCCAUACUGACAUUAAACCGGAAAACAUCUUGCUGUCAGUAAAUGAGCAGUACAUUCGGAGGCUAGCUGCAGAAGCAACAGAGUGGCAGCGAUCUGGAGCUCCUCCACCUUCUGGAUCAGCAGUCAGUACUGCUCCCCAACCGAAACCAGCUGACAAAAUGUCAAAGAAUAAGAAGAAGAAAUUGAAGAAGAAGCAGAAGCGCCAGGCAGAGUUACUAGAGAAGCGAAUGCAGGAAAUUGAGGAAAUGGAGAAAGAGUCGGGCCCUGGGCAAAAAAGACCAAACAAGCAAGAAGAAUCAGAGAGUCCUGUUGAAAGACCCUUGAAAGAGAACCCACCUAAUAAAAUGACCCAAGAAAAACUUGAAGAGUCAAGUACCAUGAGCCAGGAUCAAACUCUUAUGGAACGUGGUGUAGAGGGUGGUGCAGCAGAAAUUAAUUGCAAUGGAGUAAUUGAAAUCGUUAAUUAUACUGAGAACAGUAAUAACGAAACAUUGAGGCUUAAAGAGGAUCUACAUAAUGCUAAUGACUGUGAUGUCCAAAAUUUAAAGCAGGAACCUAGUUUCCUAAGUUCCCAAAAUGGAGACAGCAGCACAUCUCAAGAAACAGACUCUUGUAUACCUAUUACUUCUGAGGUGUCAGAUACCAUGGUAUGCCAGUCUUCCUCAGCUAUAGAUCAGUCAUUCAGUGAACAGGACAUCAGCCAGCUUCAGGAAAGCAUUCGGGCAGAGCUGCCCUGUGAAGAUGAACAAGAGCAAGAACAUAAUGGACCACUGGACAACAAAGGAAAAUCUACUGCUGGAAAUUUUCUUGUUAAUCCCCUUGAGCCAAAAAAUGCAGAAAAGUUAAAGGUGAAGAUUGCUGAUCUUGGAAAUGCCUGUUGGGUGCACAAACAUUUCACUGAAGAUAUUCAAACAAGGCAGUACCGUUCCCUGGAGGUUCUAAUAGGAUCUGGCUAUAAUACCCCUGCUGACAUUUGGAGCACAGCGUGCAUGGCCUUUGAACUGGCUACAGGUGACUAUUUGUUUGAACCUCAUUCAGGGGAAGAAUACACUCGAGAUGAAGAUCACAUUGCAUUGAUCAUAGAACUUCUGGGGAAGGUGCCUCGCAAGCUCAUUGUGGCAGGAAAAUAUUCCAAGGAAUUUUUCACCAAAAAAGGUGACCUGAAACACAUCACGAAGCUAAAACCUUGGGGCCUUUUUGAGGUCCUGGUGGAGAAGUAUGAAUGGUCUAAGGAAGAGGCAGCUGGCUUCACAGAUUUCUUACUGCCCAUGUUGGAGCUGAUCCCUGAGAAGAGAGCCACUGCUGCCGAGUGUCUCCGGCACCCCUGGCUCAACUCUUAAGCCCCUGCCCAGCACCGCAGCAGAGAUCACACACUGACCCUCUCUAACCAUCCCCCCUCCAAGCAUUUCCUCUUCCCUUUUUGGGAUGAAGCUCUUCUUUCAAGGGUUUCUAGGUUUUUUUUUUUAAUCCAACAUGUUCAUUUGGGUUUGCUUACUUGACCAUGUGGAGAUCCCCACAGUCAUUGGGUAUCCUAUGUGAAUUUGGCCUUGGUUGGGCUCUGCCAAAGACUAAUGGACUAAAAAGUAAAACAGCCUCUCUCCCUAUACCCUUGCCUUUCCACUAGGACGUCCUUUUUAAAAAGAAUUGUGAAGAUCUAUGAGCCCAUCCUUUUAUUCACUGACUCUAAGAGUCAAAUUUUCUAAUGCAUAUCCUAUUGCCAGCAUAAGGAUAAGGAGGGGAAAGGGUGUUGUUAAUUCUUUGUGCAGCAGAGACAUUAAACUUGCUGUAUCCAGGCUACAUCAACUUCCUGGAUUGUUUCUGUUGUUCUCUAUGUUCACAUUAUUUUCCUGCAACUUUUAAGCUACUAUCUUUUUUAAUGAACUAUAUAACACCGAAUCUGGGCACCAUUUUAUCACUGUUCAAAGCACUGUCAAAUUCCUUUAAUAACUUUUAAGAUCCUUGAAAUUUGAUUUUAAUAUAAACAAAAAUGGAACCAUUGAAUAAUAAUUUCUUGAGAACCUCAGGUGUUCUGUAAACAGUCUUUCCUAUGUGUGUUCUUAUGUUACAGUAAGAGCACAGUUAGUUUGGCUGUUAUGUUUUGUUUUGUUUGUUUUUUUUGUUUUGUUUUUUUGUUUUUUUUUUUUUUAAUCCCUGGCUGGCACUUUACUCAUUGCCCUUGAGUUUUUUGCCCCAUAACUAAAGAAUCAGAAUGACUCCUGAAAAGAGAUCUGGGUUUCAAAACUUUCCCAUUGAAGAAUAUUUCCUAGAGUUCUGAUUCUUUUCCAAAUAAUGUCUGCUUUUAUUUAUAACUUUUACUUUGCCCAAAAUUCUGGCCUUAAAGCCGUUUCCCUCUGUGGCUUUAACUUUCUCAUUUUCUCAGAGAUUUUGGGUCUUUAAUGAAACCCCACAUAAAAGAACCAAGGGGAGGGGAGGGGUGGCACUUUUUUUUGUUGAUUUUGGUUUUGUUUUGGUUGGUUGGUUUGUUUUUAAGAUUAGCCAUUCUCUGCUGCUAUUUCUUUGUAUAAUGUAAGUUUAUAACUACAAUUUUGAGAUGAUUGAGAUGUACUUGAGACUUUUUUUUUUUUAAUGAGAAAAAGCUUUGUGAAUUUUCUCUUAGGAUGGGCCUCUUCUAGACUUGCCAUAGACAUUGUAUAUUCCUCGUAAUAUUGGAAAGCAAAAAGGGGGGCAAGAUUGGGGUCACAGCUGCUUGUUCAGCAUGGACCAAGUGAGCCUUGGGGAUUACAGCAUUCUCCAGACGCAGCUACUGGACUCUUAAUUUACAGAAAGCCAAGGAGGUGCAACUUGAGGCUCUGCUAGCAAGCUACCAGAGAGACUGUUGGGUAGCCACCUUUCUAUGUGGGAGCUUGGAAUCUAAUUUGUUGUUUAUCCACCAAAAAUGACAAAGGAAGAGUGGUGCCACUAUGCAGUCCAUUUAACUCAUAAGCAUGUUACUCUGAGUAACUGGCCAGCCAUUCAUCGGAUCCUUGAUUUGGGUACUCCUGAAAUCAGACAUGUUUCUGUAGAAAGAAUUUCAAGUCAGGCUGUCUAUGCACCUAUCAAGAAUAAAGAGAAUAGAUUUUUAUCAAACAACGGCAGGGAAAUCCUUCAAUUCUGAUCCACUUUGGGUUUUCAGCUAUAUUUAUAUCUAAAGCAAUAGACUAGAACUGAAUUCUCUUCUACAUUGUAAAACCACAAUUGUGGAAUUAUAGGAAUUCUGGUGAUGAUUUUAAGGUGAGAAACCAAAAAACACCAACAAAAGGCCCCAUUUUAAUAAUUGACAUGGUAGGAAAUUUUAAUAGAACCUAUAACUUCUCCCAUCAAAUAAGGGCUUUUUCCUCUAAAGGAGCCAGAUGAAUUACAAGAUGUAGAAAGAGGCAGCUGUAGAACUUGAUCUUCCAAGUACUCCAAAACCUUACUGAGCUUAAUCAUAAUAAUGUCAAAUUGCCAUGAUCUCACUAAAGGAUUUCUAUUUACUGUCAGAAAUAAAACCCUGAAUCCAUUUUUAUUCUUUCUACUGAGUGCAUCGUCUGUUUUCUUUGUAAAUGCAGUACAAUAAACAAAUUAUUUAAUAACCUA